AUGUCAUCAAAAGUUUUACUCAUCACCUUUAUUGCCUUGAUUUUUAGCAUCACUCUAUCAACACAACAGGGUUCCAAUAUCGGAAAUGAUGCCAUUCACUUAACACAGAUAAAAUCGAUAACACUUUACAAGAAUGCAUGGACAACAGCGAGAAGAUCUCAUCCAGUCCCACAAUUAAAAUGUAUUAGCAAACCAGAUAAUUACGAACCUGAUCAGGUUGAAUGUAGUUAUGAAGGUAAUGGAUGGAGGUGUAAUGCCAAAUUGCGAUCAAAUUAUAAAUUUGGUAAAAUGAAUGUUAAUUGUGAAGGUUACAGAUAUUCGGGUGAUGAUCUUGUAUUGAAGGGAAGUUGUGGAUUAGAAUAUACAUUGGAGUAUAAUCAAAAACCACAGUCAAAUCAACAACAACAACACUACAGACAUGAACCUAUUCCUUCAAAUCCUAGCUCUCUAGGAUCCUUUUGGAUUGUAAUAAUUGUACUGGUUGUUAUUGGCUGUAUUUGGUUGUCCAAACAAAAUUCAUCAUCAACAAUUCAAAGUAAUAAUCAACAACCUUAUCCUUCCAUGUAUCCAGAUGUAAACCCAAAUUAUAAUCCAGAUCUUCACCAAACAUUCGUUCCUUCCAGUUCCUCAUCCCAAACCUCAUCCACUAUUCCUACUUUUUUAGCAGGUGCAGCAGCCGGUUAUGCAGCUUCAUCUCUUUAUAAUUCACAAAGAAAUAGUGGUGCUACUGGAGGAAAUGGAUCAUAUUUUGAGAGUUCUUCUAAUGACAGAAAUUAUGGAAAUCAUUAUUCAAAUUAUGAAAAUCAAACCUAUCACUCAUACUCUCACCACGAUGAUGAUGAUGAUACACGAGAUCAUACAGUUUAUGGAAUUUCUACAACUUCCAGGUAA